AUGAAGCAAUAUCAGCUGCUGCUCAGCCUGAGCCUUUUCUUCAGGCAGGCAGCAGCUGCCAAGGUUCGGACCUUCACACCGAAUCACGACGAGAUCAAAAACGACCCCAAGCGACUGUUUACCACCAUUCCAGAUGGCGCCUGCAUCGGGAAGCCAUUCACGGAGUACCCGGAGCAGGGCUGCAACGGGUGGAAAGAUCUCACGCAAGAGCAGUGUCAGCAGAAGUGUGCCGACCAUUGGGCGCCCGAUGCUUGCGUCGAGGAGCGCUGCCAUGCAGCGGUCUACUACCCCGCCAGCGGCCUGUGCCAUCUCUACAUGGCGCCGGAGUGUGUAGAUCUGAUCCCGGCAAAGGGUGCUGUCACUCUGCUUGACGAGAGCGAGAUCAAGAAGUUCCGCAAGGAGGAGACGCAGGAGUCCGAGGUCGAAGCAGAGGAGGCUGCAGCGGAGCAAACUCAUCCCAACCCAUACAAGGAGCUUGGGACCGCGCUGCCCACUUGUCUCGUGAACCUCUCGAAUUACUCGGGCCUCGUCAGCGACGGAGACAAGGCAGCGAACGUGAGCCACAAGUUUGGCGAGAUCAACUCGGAUCUGGAGCUACUUUUUGACAAGGUGAAAGGGUUCUACUUGGUGCUGCAUGAGCUGAUGAAUGCAGAUGACGGCCCGAAGUUUUGCCCUUUCCGUUCAGAGCGCUCCAUUAAGCGGUGCAUCUCGAUCGCGACCUGCCUCUUGCAGGGGGCGGUUGGCAAAGAUGUGCCAAUGUCUGCCUACGCAUCCAUGAUGGAGCAGGUGACUCGCUUCGACGACAUCACCUGGCCUACGCUCAUGGCCAAGCUGGGGCAGGAAGACAAGAAUCAUACCGUGAUAGGUGAGGACGAAAUGCCACAAGAGUACCGCUGCGAUGAUGUGGAAGUGGUCAACCCAGCUGCGAAUGUUCGCAAGACAACGCUCCUUCAGAUGGAGGUACACCAUGCUCAGGGCUCCGGUACCGAAGCACUUUUGGCUACGUCUGCUGCUUUUCGGCAGGCCGCAGCUGAAACGCACCGCAUCCUGGACUCCCAUGGCCUGAAUACUUCCAUGGAGCUCACCGCACAUCACCUCCAUCAGGCAUGGCAUCCAGUGUGUCGGCAGCUGGACUGCGACGCCUCCAACAUGCAUGAUAUCUUCGUAGCUUCCCACAAGCAGACGAUGGCCCUCUUCCAAACGAACGCAGUGGCGCACAUGCAGCAUGAGAUCCGACACCGCGUGAAGAUGGACCAAAGGGUGCAGCGUUUCAUUGCCGAGCACGGGCAUGGAGGUCAGGUCUCUUUCUUCCGGCCCAGCCAGACAUCCUCGGAACAUGCUGCUAGGGUCUACGGUGAGAAGGGCCGGGAUGGUGUCAUUUCCGUCGUGCUGCCGACACUGGCACAUCUAGUUGAUCAUGACGAGAGCCGAGCGCUACGCCUCAUCGACAUGGUGGAGUUUGAGAAGUUCCGCCAGCAGGAAUACGAGGUUGAGGGGGAACAGGAGGACGAUAUGGAUACCGAUGAAGGCUCGCUUCAGGAGGAGCCGGAGGCGCUCCUUGAAGAGAAUGAGGAGGACGAGAAAGAGGAGCACCAGGAGGACGAAGACGAAGAAGAGCCAGGUGAUAGCGAGCUGGCCCCGGAAGAUGAGGAGGACGAGGAGCCCGAGAGCAUGCGCCGCAAUUCCACCAAGCUCGCCUUGAUGCAGACGUCUGGUGAGCUUCAGGAAGCUGAGAUGGAAGGAGAAGUGGAGCAGAGUGGCUGGGGCCGACGGCGACGGCGCAGGAGGCGCCGCAGACGCAGACGCCGCAGAAGGCGUUGGCUUCGUCGACGCAGACGUCGCUGGUUCAGGAAGGUCUGGAAUGCUGUGAAAAGUGCUGUUGUGAAAUGGGCGAAGAAGUUCUUUGAAUGCUUCGGCCAGUACUCCAGCUGGGACGCUGUGGGCUACACCAAAUCCUUUGGCGGCAACGUCGGUCUGAGUCUUGGCUUCUCCGCCGGACACAGCGGCAGCAUAUCGGACCUGAUCAAGGGCCAUCUGUUCACCGGUGGCUGGGUCAGCAUCUCCUUCGGCAUGAGUGUUGGCACUGCUGGUGAAUGGUGGUGGGGCGGUGUCGGCGUCAGCGGCAGUGUUUCUUGCAGCACAGGGGCAACCUGCCGGUUGGGCGUGUCCGUGGGCGCGAUUGGCUGCGGUUGGUGGGAUGUCGGCAUCAACCCGGUGUGCCCAUUCGAUCUCUCGAAUUUGGGCGUGAAGUGCCAGCAGUCCAAGGGUGGCACCUUCUUGGUCACCUGCUGUGGCGUGGACUUGGUGACCGGCAAGAAUGACUGCAGAUGA